AUGGGGCUCUCGACGAUCGUCACCGCGUCUCUCUUGGCCUUGCACCUCUUUUCUCUGCCCGUCUCGGCCGCUCCUCAGGUGCCUGCUACUUCGGCUGCUGUUCCUGUUGCUGCCCCCGAGUACGGUGUCUCGGCCGCCGACUCCUGGUGGCUCGCAUCCAUUGAGCGCCAGGGUGCCGUCGCCUAUGGUGGCUCUGCCGACUACAAGAUCUUCCGAAACGUCAAGGACUACGGUGCCAAGGGUGAUGGCGCUACUGACGACACUGAGGCCAUCAACGCCGCCUUCUCUGAUGGCAACCGCUGCGGCUACGGCUGCGACUCGAGCACCGUCCGCCCUGCCCUUGUUUACUUCCCUCCCGGUACCUACGUCGUCUCCAAGCCCAUCCUCCCCUACUACUACACCCACAUGGUCGGCGAUGUCCAGUCGCUCCCCGUUCUCAAGGCCGCCGCCAACUUUGCGGGCAUGGCCGUCAUCGACUGCGAUCCCUACGACGACCAGGGCAACAACUGGCACACCAACCAGAACAACUUUUUCCGCCAGAUCCGAAACUUCAAGAUUGAUCUCACCGGCAUGCCCAAGACUUCGGGUACUGGUGUCCACUGGCAGGUCGCCCAGGCUACUUCGCUGCAGAACAUUGUCUUCCAGAUGAUUGAGGACAAGAGCGAGGACAACGUCCAGCAGGGCAUCUUCAUCGACAACGGCUCCGGCGGCUUCAUGACCGAUCUCGUCUUCAUCGGUGGCAAGUACGGUGGUUUCCUCGGUGGUCAGCAGUUCACUGCUCGCAACAUGACCUUCCGCAACUGCAACACUGCCGUCUACAUGAACUGGAACUGGGUCUGGACUCUCAACGGCCUUGACAUUGAUGGUUGCAACAUUGGUGUUGACAUGACUGCCGGCGAGAACAUCCAGAACGUCGGCUCCAUCCUUCUGCUCGACAGCAAGAUCUCCAACACUCAGGUCGGUGUUCUCACCACCUACGAUCCCGCCCAGCCUGGCACCAACGGCACCCUGGUCCUCGACAACGUCGACAUGUCUUCUGCUGUCCCCAUCGCCGUCAAGAACAAGGGCACUGAGGCUACCGUCCUCGCCGGCAACGCCAAGAUCGACUCGUGGGUUCAGGGUCGCGCCUACGUCGGCGGCAACGGUGAGGCUGUUCAGGACGCCCAGUCGCCCAUUCAGAAGCCCAAGGUUCUCCUUGACAGCGCUGGCAAGGUCGUCACCAAGAGCAAGCCCCAGUACGACAACAUCCCCGCUACCCAGUUUGUGUCUGUCAAGUCCAAGGGCGCCAAGGGUGAUGGUGUCUCAGAUGAUACCGCCGCUAUUCAGGCUGUCUUUGACGGCAUCACUGAGGGCCAGAUUGUCUACUUUGACCACGGCGCCUAUGUCAUCACCGACACUGUCAAGGUCCCCAAGAACAUCAAGAUUGUCGGUGAGAUCUGGCCUCUCAUCAUGGCUGGCGGCGACAAGAACUUCAAGGACCAGGCCAACCCCAAGCCUGUCUGGCAGAUUGGUCAGGAGGGUGAUGUCGGCAAUGUCGAGAUCCAGGAUCUCAUGUUUGAGACUCUUGGUCCUCAGCCCGGUGCCAUCCUCAUGGAGUUCAACGUCGCUGGUGAGACUCCCGGCUCUGCUGGUCUCUUUGAUGUUCACUUCCGCGUCGCUGGCUCUGCUGGUACCAAGCUCCAGUCCGACACCUGCAAGAAGACUCCCGAGGUCAAGACCGAGCCCAACCCCGAGUGCGUCGGUGCUUUCAUGCUCAUGCACGUCACCAAGCAAGCCAGCAUCUACAUGGAGAACACCUGGCUGUGGGUCGCCGACCACGAGCUUGAUCUUGCCGACCACUCUCAGAUCAACAUCUAUAACGGCCGAGGUAUUCUCAUCGAGAGCACCAAGGGCGCCUGGCUCUGGGGUACCGCCUCUGAGCACAACGUUCUCUACAACUACCAGCUCAAGAGCGCCAGCAACGUCUACAUGUCGCUGAUCCAGACCGAGACGGCCUACAUGCAGGGCAACCCCGACGCCACGGUGCCCUUCACAGUCAACGCCAACUUCUACGACCCCGAUUUCACUGCCUCGUGCACUGGUGACUCGACAAAGUGCGCGCGCACCUGGGGCGUCCGAGCCAUCGACUCCAAGGACAUCUUCAUCUUUGGCGGCGGUCUCUACAGCUUCUUUGACAACUACGACCAGGAGUGUGUGCCUCUCAACAACUGCCAGGACAACAUGAUCAGCCUCGAGAGCUCGCAGGUUCACCUGUACGGCAUCAGCACAAAGGCCAGCAUCAACAUGGUGACUGUCGACGGCAAGUCUGCCAUUGUGGACGCCGACAACCGCAACAACUUUUGCGCUGCGAUUGCUCUGUUUUCUUCGUCGGCGUAA